AGACGCGGUAGCGCCGAUCGCCACACGUCCUCUGCCAGCCUUUAGCCACAUGCCGAGCUGCCUCAUAAUUGUUUUAGAGACGAGUUCAAUAAUUAAGCGAUAAAUAUACCAACAGAGUGGCGGCGAGCGGAGGACGGCAGUCGAGUGGCGGCCGCGUCGCGUAUCAGACAUUCGCGGCAAGUGAUGGACCUGAAGUUCAUUCGACAUUUUUGUAUCGGACAUCGAAGGAAUCUCACCGAACUGGUUCCCGCGCAACGCUGCGUUAGUACGCCGCUCUGGUGAACCCUUUCGCUUGUAAAUGUGGCGAUAUUUACAUAUGCGCGCUCGAUCUUGCAUCGAACUUUCGAUCUGCGCCCGUAGCUCAACUGGUGUGUUCUGCGAGCAGGUCGCCGGCGCGCCUGCGCCGUUGCCGCCGCCCCAGCGCGCUCAUCUCCUGCACAACGUGCGAUGAUCCACGUGGGUCGAGGAGAAUUAUGCGUGGGGCGUGCGCGUGCGCGGUGGUGUGCGCGUUGGUGGCGCUUUGCGCGGCCGCGGGGUUGGACGAGGCGACGCGCGCCGCCGCCGAAAAGCAGUUGCUUGCGCUGCUGGGACUGCCACGCCGGCCGCCGCCUCGCAAUCGGCCGCCUCCGCCUGUGCCCCGCGCCAUGCGCCUGCUGUAUGAUGAACAAAACGCUUUUCCCGCCGCAGCGGCCAACACGGCGCGGUCUUUCUACCAUACGCCCACCGAUCUCGAUGACCGCUUCCCGGGCGAGCAUCGCUUCCGCCUAUUUUUUAAUAUAAGCGGUGUGCCAUCCGAUGAAGUCGCGCGUGGCGCGGACCUCAAGUUCCAAAGGGCCGUCGGUACGACGGGCAAGCAAAGAUUGUUGCUGUAUGAUGUCGUACGACCUGGGCGGCGUGGGCAAACUGAGCCCAUUUUAAGACUUUUAGACUCUAUACCUCUUAGGCCCGCUGAAGGCAUCGUAACUGCAGAUGCUUUAGGGGCGGUUCGAAGAUGGCUGAAAGAGCCAAAACACAAUCAUGGACUAUUAGUGCGUGUUUUAGAGGAAGACUCGAUAAAUACAAAUGCAAAAUUCCCCCAUGUGCGAGUUCGAAGACGCACAACAGAGGAGAACGAAGAAUGGCGAGCAGUUCAGCCAUUACUUAUGCUCUACACUGAAGAUGAAAGAGCGAGAGCCGCAAGAGAACUCGGCGAGACGCGAUUAACGCGAAAUAAACGAGCUGCGCAGCGAAAAGGUCAUCGGGCUCAUCAUCGGCGUAAAGAGGCUCGUGAGAUUUGCCAGCGACGACCACUAUUUGUUGAUUUCGCUGAUGUUGGCUGGAGUGAUUGGAUCGUAGCCCCACAAGGUUACGACGCUUAUUACUGCCAAGGAGACUGUCCCUUCCCGUUGGCGGAUCAUUUAAACGGCACAAAUCAUGCGAUCGUGCAGACUCUUGUUAACUCAGUGAACCCCGCAGCGGUGCCAAAAGCGUGUUGCGUUCCUACGCAACUUUCUUCUAUAUCAAUGUUAUAUAUGGACGAAGUGAACAAUGUGGUGCUUAAAAAUUAUCAAGACAUGAUGGUAGUUGGUUGUGGUUGCCGAUGAUGAAGGCGACACGGCCUCGUGCGGACCUAGUGAUAAAUCGUGGACCCAGUGUACAUAUAGUAGUGGCCUCGAAAAUUGUACAUAUUCUAUUUGUAUAUAUAAUCGUGUAAUUAUUAUUUUAUUGAAAGGAUACUGAUCUAAUAAAAGAUUUGAAUAUUAAUAA